GCACAUGUUCAUUGACUCACUAAAGCACACAUGGAUCACUUAACUGAUGCUGCCCGUUGGCAUUGUUAAGAAAUAUUGCCGAGAUGACAUUUCUCAACAGUCAUGUCGUUUUGAUUUUAUUGAAAACGUGCUUAUCUCUGGUGGAUUUUUCCCAUUGUGGCUGCAGGGAAGCGGGAUUAUGUUGCAGUGGCAGGGACAUGGCGUGUGUGACCAAAGGGUGGAAGUCAGACCGCACUUUUGGGACCUGCUUCUGUGACCAGUCCUGUGCGUCCACCCAGGACUGCUGCGAUGAUUACAACACGGCAUGCCCAGCUGUGCCAUGUGAGGUGAGUGAGUGGAGCGAGUGGUCGGGCUGCGCAGAGCCGUGCAGAGCCGCUGUGCGCACGAGGAGCAGGAGCGUCAUAACGGAGAGGCUAAAUGGAGGACUGCCCUGCCCUCACCUGGAGGAGCACGCUGGCUGUGCACAGUACUGGACCCAACAGGGACACUGCCACAACUCACUGGUUCCAGCUCUCAUCACCAGCAGUGGCUAUGGCAACGCCCGGAAGAAACGAGAGAUUCCUGACAGUGAAGUGACAGGAUACUGCGUGCGGUUCCAGCUGACCUCCAUGACAGCAGACUGUGCUCAGAGCAGAGGGGCGCACACUCGAUGGAUGCAAUACCUUAGGGAAGGGCAUCAGGUGUGUGUGGAGUGUCAGCCUCCUGCACUGGCCCAGGGACAGGCCCACUGCGCCGGAGACGGAGAGAGUCUGUACAGCAAUGACAUCAGGUUUCCUUCUCUCCAGUGGCGGGCCGUGGGGAACCCGCGCUGCAGAGGCGUGUGGAGGCGCGUGGAGCGGCUCGACACCUGCUCCUGCCCUACGGCUCACAGUUUCCUCUUCAUCUGAUACAGCUUCGGGAUAACAAGGACCGGGCUGACUUCAUUAUGGCUAGAAUCAAAGUACAGGUCUAUUGUGAAAUGUUAUUGUUGUUUUUUUAUCAUGCAAAAAUGUCAAGGCUACAAAGUGACAGUGUAUUAUAAAGUUAAUUAUAGUGGAAGAUAAGGCUAGAUGGAACAUAAACAAGACAUACUUUUAAUCAGUGCUACAAUUCUUCUCCCAAAGUCUGAAUUCAGCUCCGAAACUACGUGCUUUUACUGGUUGGGCUAAAUUAAAAUUUGAUCCAUUGCACAGGCCUAGUGGAAAUCACUAUUCUAAUUCUGUAAUCAUAAAUCCUGCAUUUUUAUCACCAUAUCACUCUGUAACUAUGACUUGGCUAUUAUAAUAAACUAUUCCUAAAUCCUUCACAUCUGAGUAUUCCAUAAACUAGCUAUAUUUGUCACUGGAGGGGAGAAAACCUUCUUGGUUGGUUAAAUUUGCACCAAUCAAGCUCAAUGUUGUGACCAUAUGGCUUUUAAACAUAGGUUUUCAUUUUAUUAUGUGUUUUGACAACCUGCCCAACUUUGAGGAUCUAACCCACAGUAAUAUGUCACGGUGAGGAGAUAAUCGGCGUUAUUUGCAUAUCAUUGGUCAUAUAAUGGAAAUGAUUGAUGCCGUACACAAUAUUUCAGCAUUAUUUAACAACUGUAAUAAGUCAAUCAAACAACAUCGAAAAGUAAAGUGAUUUAAUUUAUUUCCUUUUUGACUCAUUCAAGGGAACUGUUGCUUUUCUUAAGAAAUAAAAAUAUCUUGGGACAUUGAGACACCUUUUUAAAACGUGACAAGUACUGGCUCUUGUGUGUGAACUUCACCAGUCACAACGCCAAAGUUACAACAUGCACUGAACAGUAACAUUGAUACAGAAACGACAGCUUAGAAAGUCAACAAGUAAAAAGGUUUUGUUUCUUGUUUUUCAUUUACAAAACAGACAGCCUCGGGACCUACAAACAACAUAGUACAAGAGCUGGCUAAGAGAUAAUAUUUCCCCUGUUACACUUUACAAAGAUGAUGGCUUAGGCAAGGUUGGGGUCAAUUCCUCUGAGUAUACGCUGUAGAAAAAAUAGAGCUUUCGGAACAUAGGGUUUUGUAGUUUGAAAUGUAUAGUAUUUUGUGCUGUUAUUUUGGCUCUGGUUUAUUGUAAGAUGUCCGUUUUGUCCUCCCGAAUGGACCCCAACCCUGUAAUACAGUGCUCUAAAUCUGCAAGUGUGAUAUUUGGAAACUACAAUGUUCUGUAAGGGAUUAUGAGUUAAAACAAUAGGAAUAGCAGCUAAAGCAACAAUUAAAUUAAUCUAAAUGCAUUAUACUGUACACUUUGUGCUCUUUGUCUUCCAUAUAGUGAAACAUCCAUUUAUCUUUCUUCAUGGGGAUUACAGUCAAAUUAAAAGUCAUUAAAAGAAAGGAAGAAAAGCUAUUUAAGAAGGAGCUCUCAAAUUAAAAAUAGAAACUGUAAUUUUUUAAAUAAUGUUAUGAUCUCACAGUAUCACCGUCAUAACAUGCAUGAAUUAUCAAUGCAGUUGUGUUUUAAAUAAUGGCAGUAUGGAUCUAUUAUGGUUAUAGACAUAUUCUCAUUCCAAUGUGUGGCUUAUUCACAAAUUACUGAUUGUCUUUUAUUGUUGAGAUAGACGUUUUCUACGGUCCCUGACUACAGUAAAAAAUAAAUCUAAAAGCUCUGAAUACUGAGUUUUCAGAAUAAAACGACCCUGUUUUCAUGUGAGUAACGUAAUGAAUAAUUAAAAGAAGCAAGCAUAUAGAGCGUUUUAGUGUAAACAACAUCACAAGCAAUGUGGUAAAAAGUGAAUUAAAGCCAAACGGUUGUAUUUCAUGAAAACAUUAGCCACAGAAAAUGAAUGGAACAAUAAAACAAUAAAUAGCAAACCAAUACAUGUGUGUAAUGUCAGUGCCUGGAUAGUAAACAUUGGAAAAGCAGUGGAAUAUAAAGACCGCUGUAUACUGCCCCACAAGUUAUUUGAAUUCAAAACUGACAACUAGUUUUUAUUUAAAAGUCAGUUUGUUUUAUUGACUCAUUAACUUUUCGAAAAAUGAACGAGAACAGCUACUCUACAAAAUGCAUGCAUAGCUUCCACCCUUCCACCCCAAUUAUCAAGGACGCAAUUAGCGAUAAUUGCUGCUAUAAAUAAAAUGGUUAAAUAAGGAACCAGAUUGUAAUGUUCUUUACCUGGUAACUGACAUAACACACGAGCAGC